AUGAAUCCGUUGCUGGGUUCCGGAGUUUUUGCUGCCGAUGGCGAACUUUGGAAGACCGAAUCAGCCAUUUCGACAACUUCGAACGACGCCAUCAACCAGCUGAAAGUAAGAUUCAGAGAAGGCUAUGCCGUCGACAUCCAGGACAUUACCGCCCAGUUCACCCUUGACUCCGCAACCGAGUUCCUCUUCGGUAACGGUGUCUGUUCCCUAGCAAACGGGACGCCGUACCCGCCCAACUCGCCCCCCGCUCAGACCACCACGUCCUCCGGCUCCUCUUUGCUUGACGCGGCGACGCGGUUUGCGCAGGCCUUCUCCGAGGCGCAGACCAUCACGGUCAACAGGGCGCGCUUUGGGCCUUUCUGGCCAUUGACAGAGUUUUGGCACGACAAGAUCGCCGUGCCGAUGAAGAUUGUGCAUAGGAUGAUCGACCCGAUUGUUGCUGAGGCGACAGCCAGCACGCUGACUUUCGUCAUCUAUAUGCUUGCAGAAUACCCGGAGGUUCUCCUCCGCUUGCGCGAAGAGAUCUUGAACAAGGUCGGCUCAAGCAGGAGACCAACAUACGAGGAUAUUCGCAACAUGAAGUGCCUGAGAGCUGUUCUCAAUGAGACCCUCCGACUUUAUCCAGUGGUUCCUUUCAAUGGUCCAAUGUCAAAGGAUGCCACCACUUGGCCCCCAAUCAAGCCACGGGAUAAACCUUUCUACAUCCCAGCAAACACUCGUCUUGGCUAUACUGUCCUUGGGAUGCAUCGGCGCAAGGACUUAUGGGGACCAGAUGGUCAGUUGUCCGACUUUAGAAUCAUCUUUGACAAGCUCGUCGACACCCUUUCCCAUGUAGCGCUGGAAUUUGACCCAGACAGGUUCCUCGACGACCGACUCCAACGCUACUUGACUCCCAAUCCCUUUAUUUUCCUACCCUUCAACGCUGGGCCCAGAAUAUGUCUCGGUCAACAGUUCGCGUACAAUGAGGCGUCAUUCUUCCUGGUCCGACUUCUCCAGAACUUCUCUUCCAUUACGCUAGAUCUGGAUGCCCAGCCAGCCCAUUCGCGCGCACCGCCGGAAUGGGCGAAGGAGGAAGGGCGAAAGGGCAAGGAGAAAGUGAGACCCAUGGCCCAUUUGACGAUGUAUUUAGAAGGAGGAUUAUGGGUAAAGAUGGAAGAGGCGAAGACCGCCGAUGGCGAAUGA